UAAAUAGAGAAAAAAACACACACCAGAAAAGCACACACAGUAAAACAGAGGCCAAUUGAAGUUCUCGCCUUUUCGUAUCGUUUUUUCGGGGACCGCAACGAAACUAAACUAAUUAAAACAUAGGAAAUUGUUGUUAGCGCGUUGUUCUUGUAUCAAACACACACAGAGUCGCAUCACAGUCGCAGCAUGAGGAUGGUGCGAUCCUUCGUCCGGUCACACUUUAAGCUGCUGGCGGCGGUACUGCUGGCCGGUCUGGCCGUGAGUAUGGUCGAGGCCGAGAAGGAAAUACCACUGACCAAGUUCAGCCAAGAUGUUGGCAAUUACGGUGCAACGAUGACGUUCCUGUACUGUUAUUCCUGCGGGUAUCGCAAAGCGUUCGACGACUACCACAACCUCAUCCUGGAGAAGUAUCCGGAAAUUACGAUACGGGGCAGCAACUACGAUCCGUCCGGCGUGAACAUGCUGCUGUCGAAGGUGCUGCUGGUGACGAAGCUGCUGCUGAUCGCCGCCCUGAUGUCGAACUACGACAUCGGGCGCUACAUCGGCAACCCGUUUGCCGGCUGGUGGCAAUGGUGCUUCAACAACAAGCUGUACGCCUCGAUGAUGAUCUUCUUCCUCGGCAACACGCUGGAAGCGCAGCUAAUAUCAUCCGGUGCGUUCGAGAUAACGCUGAACGAUGUGCCGGUGUGGUCGAAGCUGGAGACGGGCCGGUUUCCUGCGCCACAGGAGAUGUUCCAAAUCAUCGACAAUCACCUACAGUUUGCCAACAAGAUCGAGCCAAAUCCGGAUUUCGUGAAAUAAGCGGCUCGUUGCCAGCAAGGCCAGUCAUCCUACACUACUCUCGGCAGUGGUUCACUUAUUAUUAUUGUUUGUUAGUGUUUUCUUGUCAGUUGCCUUACACCGCGGUGUUCCACAAUUGUUUCCAAGUAUCGAACAAGGAUUAUUAUUUGCUAUAAAGCUGGAUGAAGGGUAAAUGUAUAAUUGGAAAAGGAUUCAGUUUUAAUUUUCUUCGUUUUCCCCGUCGUACAUCAUUGAACAUUUGCAGCACAGGGAUAUGUUUGAAAUUUUUGUUUUAUUUAUUUCCCUGUUUUGCGUAAGAAUUUAAAUACUCCACACGUUUCCCCUUACGAAAUGCAGCAAAACGUCUAAACAAAAUAUAUUCAACAUGUUUUAAUCCGCAUGUGUUUUGGGCAGGCCGCUCGUGUCUAACGCUCCCCCUUUGAAGGCGCUAGUUUGUAAGGCAAUCUGUACGGCGGAGGCAACGUGGGCCGGCAAGUGCAUAGGAGCAGGUGUGUUUUCGUAUCCGUGGAAGAAUUGAAUAAAAUAAACUAAAACCAAAUAAACCCACAAAACCGUA